CCUUAAGGAGGCGGGAGAGGCUUUGACGCAGAUCAAUGAGAGCCCUCUUCGGCGUGGACGUCGCUCUGAGGAAGCGCUGAGGCGGGGAGCUCGGCUGCCAGGGCCGACAUGGACUCCCUCCGCUGAGCAGCGCGGCCAUGGCAUCCACCUCCCGGGACCUCUUCGGCUCCGAGGCCAACGACGAGGCCGUCAGAGGCACCUGCGACGACGCCUCACAGUGCAAGCGGUUCGCCGUCAACAUGGGCUACUGGCAAGACCCUUACAUUGAAUACUUUGUGAGGCAGCCCAAAGAAAGGAAGGCGCCCGAAAUCAGUCGCGGUGAGACAUCCGCCUUCAUAGGGAGAGAAACAAGGCGGCAGAGUGGAUAUUAUGCUCGUGUCCAGGGAGUUGGUCGCUUGCUUAAGGCUUUCUUACAGAAAACCAAGUGCAACUGUCAAAUUAUAAACCUUGGUGCUGGCAUGGAUACCCUUUUCUGGAAACUGAAGGAUGAAAACCUGCUUCCUAGAAAAUACUUUGAAGUUGACUUUCCAUCCAUAGUCGCAAGGAAAAUCCACAGCAUCAAAUCUAAGCCUCCCCUGUCAAAACCAAUCAUGGAAAGCCAUUCAGGGGAGUCUCUCCUAAUAGAUGCCCACAGUCUUGACUCCAGCCGGUACGCCAUAAUUGGUGCAGACCUCCGAGAACUCCCAAAGCUCGAGGAGAACCUGAAGAAAUGCAACAUGGAUCCACAGUUACCGACUCUCGUGAUGGCAGAAUGUGUGCUAGUCUACAUGUCCCCAGAACACUCUGUUUCUCUUCUCAAGUGGGUGUCUGGCAUGUUCCCGACUGCCAUGUUCAUAAACUAUGAGCAGGUGAACAUGUCUGACCGCUUUGGACAGAUCAUGAUCGAGAAUUUACAGAGCCGAAAAUGCAGCCUAGCUGGAGUGGAAGCCUGCAAAUCUCUGGAGACCCAGAAAGAACGAUACCUACACAAUGGCUGGGAGAGAGCAAAUGCCAUAGACAUGGUGAUGGUCUACAAUUGCUUGCCACCAGAUGACAUCAAAAGGAUAGAGGCACUCGAAUUCCUUGACGAGAAAGAACUGCUGGAGCAGCUCAUGCAACACUACUGUCUGUCCUGGGCUACCAAGGACUCCCAGAACUUGGGUCUGUCAGAAAUUGCUCUGUAACACUUUUACUCCAGUGGAGCUCCCCGUGAACCUGCUGCCUCUUCCCCAUUGGGGCUCUGCAUGCGUCUGCUCCAGCCAGCAAUUCCCCACUGAUGAUGUCUUCUAGAAAAGGUCAACAGCGGAGCCUUUGUGGGGGUGGCCCUCCCAUUCAUUCCCUCACUGACAGCAUCCGGCAGCCUUUUUUUGAAUAAAAAGAUCACCUUUUUGUUGGCAGCUGAAUAAUGAAAGCGUCUCUCCCCCUUUUUCAGGGACCUGUGGAACACUUUCCGUUUUGUUCGUUUUCUUAAAUUAUUAUGAAGUGAAACAGUGUCUUGGUGCGCAUGUGAAAGUAGGCUCACCCUGCAUUGCCUGCGGACUUGGUCUCACUGAGUGACUAGGAACUGGACUGGGCAGUGACUGGGGGGACAUGGGGUGAUAUCUCAGCAGAAACAUUGUUUUCAGCCAUUCCCAAUGGCUACCCUUCCUUCCCCAUCUCUUUUCAUUUUGUGGUAUGGCUGCUCCUGGGAUGUAUUUAUCCAGCCCCUCCUGCCUCAGUGGGAACCAUUUUCCCUCUCUGUGCCUUUGGUCAGCCUUUUUCAAGGGAGAGCAGCUGUGUUCCAGAAGGACUCCUGCUGUUUGCCAAGACAAGGAAGGAGUGUUUGGCAUUGGACCUGGCUUCUCCCUCCCUCCAGCUGUACUAAAACACACACUCAUCCUGCCUCCAGCAAGGGUUAAUAAAUGGUGGGUUGUGUGUGUGUAUGUGUGUUUUUAAA